AUGUCGGUCGACAAUUCCAGCGCAGGUAUGAGUGUUUGUGUGUUAUACGUUUGUCGCCAGCUACCGGGCGUUCGGCGUUGUGAUCGUGGCCGUCUUAGUGGUCGUCUUCAUGUCCGUCUUCGAGACGUAUUCGUGGCCAUGCUUAUGGCCGUGCUCGUGCUCGUGUUCGUGGUGGUGCCCGAGCUUGGUUCUCAGCUCGCAUUCGUGUUCGUAGUCGAGGUCGUACCCGCUGUACGGCCAACCCGUUGUCAGCUACAAAGGAACAACUACGCUCAUGCUAAACUUCGUGGAAUAAACAAUACUUUAAUGAGCUUGCUGUUUGGUGUUUAUCCAUUCAUGAAUGUAUUGGCUCCACAAAUGGUCAAAAGAAUGGUCUAUCAUUUUGAAUUAAAACGUAUCAUAUAUGUUGCAAUCGGGUUUUCUGCCAUUAACACAAUUUUUUUUGGAUUUCUUGAAUACAUCCCUAAGCAGGGUUCUUAUAAUAUGGUGUUCCUCAUACUAAGUUUCAUUGUGAGAGCUUUCGAAUCUUUGAGUUGUGGUACAAUCAAUACAGCAGUUAUGAUAUUUUAUACCACUGAAUUUCCAGAUGAUUUCAGUUGUUUAUUUGGUUUGUUUAUGGCUGUAACUGGGCUUGGUUACUCAACUAGCCCCCUAUUUGGAGGAAUACUUUAUGAUCUUGGCGGAUUCGAUUUACCUUAUCUGAUAUAUGGUACACAGCUUGCCAUUUGUUUACCAUGCGAUAUAUACCUUCUAAGGAGCUCGA